CAAUUCUGUUUAAAUGUGCGCACAAGCCCUUACAUAUAAACACACAGGUGAGUGCGAUUAUAAUCAACAAAGUGAUGCUAAUUGGAAAGUACUGCUGGUACUCUAUGUGGGUGAAAGGGGGCGUGGUGAGAAGGUUGAGUUGUAAUCUCGCGAGAAGACAGAGGCUGCGGCUGUUCACGUCGUGAAGAUCCACAUCCUUCCACGGACUGAGAUGUGGGGAGAGCCCGAGGUGAUGGAGACCUUCAUCCAUCUUUUCCCGAAUCAGACCGAUCUUGGGAGUCAAGCCAAGAUGUGACUGUCACGGUGCGUCAUAGUUUGGAUAGGUCCUACCUCUACAAUACCCGUUACUAUAGCAACAGAAAAAUUCACUGAAAAGCUCCAUUCCCACGAUGCAGUCCUCAUCUCUGGCUUCAAAGCCGCGGCGCGUAGACCUUAGCAGGCGGACCAAUACCUCCGCCGGACCGAAGGCUCGCACGAAUGGUUUUCAGAGGGAGGACAAAAAUAUGAAUACCAUCACUGCGUCCUCCCAACGGAGGGUCACCAAAGCUCCCACUGCUCCCUCCAGGACCAAACCCGGCAUCCAGCCUCGAGCUCCAACUAUCCAGUCCAGGCUGAGCUCCCAGAAACCAGGCUCCAGCAUCUCCAAAUCAGCCAAACCCAAACCUAAAGGUGCUUGUGCCGUGACAGCAAACAAGUCUGCGGCAGCUGCUCCUCCUCCUCUGCCGAACGUUCUCCCUCUUGACCCAAACUGCAACGAGCCGAGCCUCCCAUGCCUGUGCUGCGAUGGUCGCUCCCCCCAGGACAACAACAGCAUGUUCAACCAUAACCACAACAACAACAACACCAUCUCCCUCAAGCAACAGUUGCAGCUACCGCCUCCUCCAGCACCGCUAGCCCAGAAGCAUGAUGGGAAAGGAGCCAAGGAGCAGGCUCCGUCCCAAGCCCAGGUCCAGAUGGAGCGCCCUGCUGCAAAUCUGGGAGGUGCAGACAAGAGUGCAGAUGAAAAUGUGGCCGUCAAUCUAGAAAACAAGGAAAAAGGGAAGCAGAACGAAGAAGUGAGUAACAUCGACACCGAUAGUGAUGAGGAUUUUGAAGAGGAUGACGACGACGAUGAUGACGAUGAUGACAGCGAGGAUGAUGACACCCUCGUGCCAUCAUCUUGCGACUGCCCCCCAUCCUUCCUGGAUUUCUCUCUCUCCUCCUCCACCUCCUCUUCCUCCACUUCCAUAAGCUCCUGCUCCGAUCUGGAAUCCGACUGUACAAAUCCAUGUUCCUCCAUCUGCUCCACUGAAGACCAGGAGAACCUGUCUCUGGCUUACUCCCUCAAAGACCACUCUUUUACCCAGGCACCGGAAUCCCAGCCCCCCGCACGUUCACCUCCAUCUCUCCCUGUCAGCCAAAACCCCUUUGCCUUCACAUCAAAGGUGGCUCUCUGCUCCCCAGAUGAAGGCUACCCCUCUGCGCUCGACUCACCUUCUCCUGACUACUUGGGAGUUAAAGGAGACUCGGAAUCUGCCAAACUGGACCUGCUUGACUUUCUAGAGUCGGUGGGGGAAUUUGGGAAAAUGGAGCGCUUCAGUCAGGUGAUUCAAGUGGCUCGAUGGGAUCUAGAAGGGGAGCAACACUGGGAUGUCUUACGCCAUCGGUUAGAUCACCUGGAUCGCCUUGAAAAGGUGAACAGGGAGGUCAAACUGGCUUACAUCGCCCGACUUCACGACAAAGGCUACGAUCUUGGAGAUCUGGAGGAGCAAAACCUCACGGACAUCAUGGAUGAGAUGGGGAACAUAGAUGUUUCUUGGAGGUUGUAUAAAGCUCCGGGCGGAACGAUGUCGGAGUCUCAGGAGUUUUCUGACGCAGGGGUCGACCUCACUGCCCUGUCAGACAUCGAUGAACCUUUUCUUCCCGAUUCUCUCCCUCCAUCUCCCAUAGAGCCCCCACCCAGACCCCCCAAACCUCCAGCACGCCACGAAAGCGUGAACUCUGACCUCCACACCUACAUAAACAUCUCCAGGGAGACCACCUCGAUGGCCGUCACCACCUCGCCAACGCUGUCCACAUUCUCCCCAAACUCCCCCACAUUCACUACGUUCCGAUGUGAGAAGCCCCUCCCACCGUCUCCACCCUCCAUCCCUCCUCUCCCGGCCUCCAAGCCGGUCCCGUACCUUUCGCUGUAUACCACUCCUAGUCCGCCACCAUCUGCCCCCACCCCGACCCCUCCCAUCCCUCCCCCCCGAAGGCGACACCUCGCCAGGAAGGAGGCUCAGCGUCUCGCCGCCCUUCAGGCCGAGCAAGAGAAAACCCCACUGUCCCUUCCGCCGCCCACAUCACGCCCUCCGCCCUUGCCGCCCCCACCUGUGAUCUCAAUCACGUCCUCUCCACCCAUCAUACCGCCUCCCCCCACACUGCCCCCGCCCCCUUCAUUCCACGCACUUGAUGUGGAGAUCCGUAAGCUGCUCAUGCUCGCGGGACUGACCCAAGCAGAGCUCCUCAAGCUCAGCCCGGAGCUGGGGGUCUGCAUCGGGGGGCUGGAGGACGAGCAGGAGGAGCUGCAGGAGUUUCGACUGCAAGACAAGGACAAACAGUUGGAAGAAACUAGAACGAGAAAGGCAGACGAAGAAUCAGAUGCAGCUGAGGAAGCCCGAAUCAAAGAGGAGAACAAGGAGAAACACAGAACCACCACCUUUACUGAAAUGGCAAGAAGAAGGAAGAAAACAUCUGACCUGUACUACCAGACUCCUGUUAGCAACAUCCAUGAAACUGUCUCAAGAAACACCAACAUUAAAGGUUAUCGUUAUCCUGCUGAGUUAGCAGAUUCUCCUCCACCCCCUCCUCCUCCUCGACCUCUACCACCAAUACCCCCUUCUUUGCCCCCGGUUAAAGUCAGCACCCUCCCUGCCAACUCCAAACAACCUGAGCGCUUUGAUUGGCUCAUAGCCUUCACGCCUGAAUGCGAAGCUCCAGCGCACCAAACAAAAUCUCACGCGGACACACCAAAGAAGUCCAGCUCGUCGGGUUCAUCUCCCGGGUCCGCUCCAAAGGUCACAACCUUCAAGGAGCUGCGUUUCCGCAGCAAAAACACCUCCCCUCCGACUAAACUGAUCACCGAACCCGAUCCCGACCCCACGGUUAUCACUCCUGAUCCAGACAUCCUGUACAACCUGAAGUGGAGAAAGGAAAAGGCCGGCAGCGAUGGCAGUCAGUGGGAGUACACCUCGCAGGCUCAGGCCCUCUUCAUGCAGCCUCCGCCCGCGCUCACCUCCAUGGCCGCCCUGCAGGAGAUGCUGCAGAGAGCGGACAAGGAGGGUGGACAGCUGGAGCUGUGUCCUUCACCCAAGAUUGGUUUUUCGGUCAGCGACAACAACCUGUUGAGCACAGGAAGACAGUGGGAGAAGAAGGAAGUCAAACAUGAAGACAAGGAAGGGAAGGAAGAAGGAAGGAAGGAGCUGGAGGUUAGAGGACGGGCGGAUGGAGGAAGAACUAUCGAAUCGAGAACUUCAGUUUCCUCACCCCCACUCUCCCUUGCCCAGCCCUCCCAACCUUAUUUCCUGCACCCGUCCCUUCCCCGCUUUCGCCCUGGCUUCUGUAACUCCCAGCCGCUUGCAGAUCCCAGACCACACAGCCAUGUUGGCAAAGAGACACGGGGAGCUUCUGCUGCCAGCUCCCCCUGCAUCCACAGAGAUGACUUCAGCUCUGUUGAAAGCUCUGGAUUUAACUGUGAUUCUCUGGCUGAUUUCGGUGCAAACCGCUCUGAAUUUACAGAUGAUUUUAAGCAGAACGCACACUCGGCUUAUCGAUGCAACAAAACAAACCGAGGGGACUUUGUGUCUGACUCAUUCCCUGAUCUCGACUCACUUUGCUGCAUUAGUCCCGACGCUAAGUCUGGCAUACCUGUUAGUAGCACCACGGAGGCGUCAGGUUGCACCACGCCGUACAAGAACAUCGAUGUUAUGAUGACACACUCCGAGAGCGUGAGUGCUGCGGAUUCUCUGUACUCAGAGAGGCGCGCUAAAGUGGAUCAGAGCAGCACUCGGGCCAGAACCUCCAAAGAACUGCCCCCGCUUCCCACCUACUACCUCCACCACCCUAAGAACUGCCCUCUUCACCGAGGUGCACCCCCUCGCCUGUCCCCCAUCGGAGCGCUCUCCCCACCCCAGCGCUGCGGAGCUCCCCCUCCAGGUGUAGCUGGAUCGAGCCUCAGCUCCCCGCUCUUCCCCCGCUCACACACCUUGCCUGCUUUAGCCGCCCCCCUCUAUUAUCCCAACCUUUACCCCCCCAUCCCACCCCGGGCACCUCCCCUGCCCCCAAAACUCUACCAGGCUCCUCCAAAGUCCCACGCGGCGACUGUGCGCAGCGUCUCGUUUGGCGGCUCCAUCCAGAAAGCCGAGGCCCUCUGGAUGGGCGAGGAUGUGAAGUAUCUGCUGAGAGGUGACCUGUCCUCUCAGUGCCUGCAGGAAAAGAAAGCGCUGGUCAGUGCGGUCAGCGUGGCAGUGGAGGCCAUCUUGGCUCAGUUUAGUUCCUCCCGGACUGUCGUGCAGAAGUCACUUUUAGUUAAAGAGACCUUAUCAGGCGACAGCACCAUAAAUCCAUCGCUGGGUCGUCUGGUGCUGCAGUGCCUCUGCCCGGCCCUCCACAGUCUGCUGAUCGAUGGCUUGAAGCCUCACCAGAGCGAUCUGAUCGCAGGCAGGAGACCCAACUCCGCCUGGAGUCUCGUGAACGCCACAACAAGACCAGCUCCUAAAACUCAAGCCCUGUACAACCUUCAAGUCCGAGUCAGCGAGCUGCCCCAACUAAAACAAAGCAAACACCGAUUCAACGCUUUCAUCCUCGGCCUGCUGAACAUCAAGCAUCUUGACUUCUGGUUGUCUCACCUUCAGUCUUGCAGUGAUGUUCUGGAGACGUAUUACUUCCCCACCUCUUUUAUGCGGCUGUCAGUUACCGCCUGCCAGCCGCUGUUCAAGGAGCUGCUCCUGGUGCUGCAGCCUCUCAGCCUGCUCACCUUUAACGUCGACUUGCUCUUCCAGCACCAUCACGUAGAGGCAGACGGUCACAGGCCACAGAUCCCUCCCGGUAGGGAGGAUGGAUUCCAGCCGUCUGCGCAGAGCCACUCCAAAACCAGGGGCUACAGACACAUGGAAAGCCUCUCAGGAGUGGACUUUGGAAGUCCGGAAACUAAAGAUACAAAGUCCUCAUCCUCGGCUGAUGUGGAGAAUAAUGAAUCGGGAACGUCUGCAGAGGCCUCACACACAAGUCCUCAGCUGCUGUGGGUGCAGAAGAAGGAAAUUGAAGAUUUACCUCCUCCUAAUAUUGAUGAAGAUAGCUUCACUCAACAGGCAGGACAGGUGAUUCAGCAGGGCUGGGGUGCUAUGAUGCGCUGGGGAGGCAAGCUGAGCCAAAACCUGGCUGACCUAAGCCUGUCGUCGGUGAAGAAGGAGGAGAUGAACGCCGACCUGCCGGAUGCUCUGGCCGGAGGAGACUACACUCCUGUUAGCGGUGGUGCUCAGGUUCCCUGGGGUCUGGGACGACUCUUUGGAGCAUCUAAAAGCCCAAACAGCCCAACCGGUCACACGGCCCCAACCAGACGCCCCUCUCAGUGGUUGGCUCCUGGUGUCACAGCUUUCACCAGAAUGGUGAGCAGCAGCUCCACCCCGAUGCUGCGACGGACCCCCGAGCCUCUGGAGGAAAGAGAACCCACGCCGGAGAAGGACGCCGACACACAAGAGAGGCAGGAUAAACCCAGACCGCUCAGGUCUGUUCGAGCGCUCUGCGACCACACUGGAAAUGGGUCGGAGCUGAGCUUCUGCAAAGGGGAGGAGCUGGUGGUGUUGGGAGGCGUGGAUCAGGACUGGAUUCGCUGUCGCCAAGGAGACAGAGAAGGACUGGUACCGAUCGGCUACACCUCCCUUAUAAUGUGACACUGGUACUACAACUGCUGCACUUAAUCAGUACUUCAAUAAAUGAAUGAAAACAAACAAAAAAAAGAAGAAUAUAAGUAUAUUUUAGGUGAGUAUGGAGAGUUUGUUGAAAGGCUGCACUACUCCAAAGGAGAUAUUUCACUCAGGCUUGAUUACAGUUGGGUACAUCACGCCAUCUGCUCUACUUUAGCUUCCUCAGAGCGAUCUGCAUCCCUCUCCUCUUAAUACCGCAUGGGCAUUUUUCCCAUCCCAAUCCAGUCUGGUAGCAUUCAGCGGAGGAAUCCGAGCUGUCAGGAUGCAGCAGAUGGUGGUGUAUGAAUUACGUCGGCAGUCAUAUGGACUACUUGAAGCCCUCAGAUCUAUGAGUGAAUUAUCCCUUUGUAUGUUUUUUUUUUCCCCGUCAAAUUCCUUCCAUCAGAUCGGAGCUCUUUCAGAUCAGCCGCUCUGUAUUCCGUGAUGUUGUACUUAGCGGUUUAUCGAGGGAAGAAAACAUGGAGUAGUGAGCCUGAGCUCCCCUCAAACACUGGGUGUUGAUGUAGUGAACUGUAGCUGUGUAUAUCUGUGUUUCAAUGACCUUUCACCUUCUCUCAUUCUUUUUCGCCUGGUUCAUGAGUGUUUCUGACUAUAUAUUUACCUGUAUAAAUAUAUAUACAUCUUUAAAAAUAUAUAAAAUAUAUGUAUAGAUAUAUAAAUGCAUAUUGUCAUGAUUGGUGGUGAAUGGGAGAAAGCAGAAGGUGGAAAUAGGUUUGAAGCGAUUGAUUGGUGGAUUGAUCCAUCUAUGUAUGUACAAGUGGACUCACCCAUUAUCAUUUUCAUAAAUGUUUUUAAGGUAACUCCCCAAUAUUCAGAACAAUAGUAGAAAAAAAGGCUAACUUUAAGUUUUAAAAUGACAAAGUACCUGUAAGUCAUGUCUGAAGAAGAAACCAAAAAAAAACCUGAAUCUACAGCUAAUCUUGUGAUCGAAAACCUAAGAAAAUCGUUCCUAGCUUUUAAAUCCUUUUUAAUGUGAUAAUCCCACCUCAUAUCUCCUCUUUUGUGUUUCCAUUCAUGUCCAGAAAUAACUAAAUAUUGGUGGUAAUGAUAUUGAAAAUGUGCUUCUUUGUGUCAUCUAUUUAUCAGUUUGCAUUUUAUAUUUUUUCACUAUGCAUAUGGGUGAAAAUGUUUGUCAUAUUUUAGUUUGAUGGAAAUAUAAGGCAUUGAAUAACACAUAAAAAUAAUAAUAAUAAAAAAGGAAUCAUCCAUUUGAGUGAUUAGGAUCAUUGAUGCUGAUCAGGGCAAUAGUUCAGGGAAACUUGUUUGUGUCGUUGUGCCAUGAAGCAUGAGAUAACUAGCACUACGGCUAUAGUUCAGUAGCAGUAAAUCGGUAAGAAUCGAUCAAAUCAUAUUAAUAGGAAAUAAGGGGAAGAAAAAAUGAUUAGUGAACCAGUUUUUUACAUACGUGAUUGCUUGGAAGCUCCAAAAAUUAUCCUUCUGAAGGAAGUGUGAGUGUGCACACGUGGCAGUGUGAGCGUGUUGAAAGCAGAGAGGUGCUCAUAUGUGUGGAUAACCAUGAGUUCUGGACAUCUUCCUCCUCCUCCUCCUCUCUUCGGUGUGUCAUGUAGCCUAUAUACUGUUGCAUAUAGUUGCCAGUGUGAGUCACUGUCCACUUCCUGCAUGUGCUUGUUUGUAAAUACACCAAAUAAUAAAAAUUAUCUGUACAAAUCGA